UCAUGCUUCCUUUAAUGUGUGCCACACCCUAUGUCAAUUACCCUUAACUCAACCUUUAAUAAUUCUAUAUGCUUCCUACAUCAACGUAUGCUAUGCCAAUCCCAAUGAAAGAAACUUGUGAUUAGGCUUGUUAGUUUCCUGAACCUAUUAUUGAAUAAGAUGCUGUAACUAAUAAUAUGGAGAUUAUUGCAGAAUAAGAAUUAACUUCUUUGUUAAGAUUUCUCUCUAAGAACAUUUCUUUACUACAAGACUCUGUCUUUGAAGAGUUUGUAUAAGAAAAUUUAAAAGUAUUUCAAUUUUUGAUUAGUUAGACCCUCUCCUCAUUUUCUAAAGACAUACCAAAUAUGAUCAAAAAGCGCUAUGUUUAAGUUAAUAAAACAAAAGAGGAAAUGACUAAGUUUAUUAUAAGAAGAUGUUUUUUAUUCAUUAAAAGUCAAAUUGAAUAUGAAGAAAAAGAGGGGAUGUCUGCUGAAGAGAGAGAUAGACUAUUUUAUCAUUCAUUUUUUUCAGAUGAUAAGGAAUUUAUGAAGAAUCUUAAUCAAGAAUCAAUAGAUGACAUGAUUCCAUUUAGAAAAGACUCUAAAAUGAAGACUAUGAAUGAAACUUAUUUAAGAAAACUAUUUGCAUCUGAAAGAUUUUCUAAUUUCUAUACAAAAUUUCUAUGUAAUAAAAAUAGUAAUAUUUUUAGAAUCAUUUACUGAAAUUUGUAAUCAUGAAAAUGAUGAAAAAAUAGAUAAUAUGACUAAACAGAUUAUUAAAAUUAUAAUUACUAGAGAUUUUGCAGUAAUAUUUUAUAUUAUAUUAUAUUUAAUAGAAAAUAAAAAGUUACAGACGAUUCCCUUGGAAAGAUCAUGAAAUUAUUAAAUGUGAACAAAGAGCUAAAGAAAUCUACUCCAAAUAUUCUAAUUAUUCAAGUAAUUAAUAUUAUAUAUAUUCUAGAAGCCAAUACAAAGAAUAAGUUUCUUUCAAAACUAGAUUCACAUACACUGGACAUUUUGGAAAAAUUCUCUGAAUCUUCAGAAUGAA